GAUGCUAGAGGGGAAGGAUACGACACGGACAGUAAGAGUUCCCCCCACAACUGCUUUUCUUAAGUUUGGCAACCAGACAGUAAACCUAGUAAAUCUAAAUCAUGUCAUUCAGAUGUUUGAAGCACUUGAUGUAUCUUGUUACUGUAAUGUUAUCUUUGAUACCUUUCCAGGAAGAUGCUCCUGUGCUGUGAGCUUUCACUUCUCCUCUUUUAACCUCAGUCCUAUGCCUAGCAGAGCUCAUAUCUGUUUAUCCAACAUCCUCCAUUACUGUGCAGUUGGGAAGGAACUGCUGGUUUUCUUUCUUCAAAGCAUGUGUCUUCCUACUUGCUCGUAUUUGAGAGCAAAAAUAUUUUUUCUGUUCAGCUGUGCUGUUCAUUUUCACCCUGUGGAUGGCUGAAACAGUGGACGCUAGCACUUUAAACCAGUGUUAAGAAGUUGGAACAUUUGAGUGAAAAUAGAUUAUCUAGAACCAUGAUUAAUCUAUCUGCUGUCAUUCAAUGGCCUUGUAGUCGCUUCUUGAUAAAUGAUGCGAGGGAAGCAUAUAAAAGCAUGAGAACAUCUUAUUUUAGUACAAGUGUGAUGUAAUGCAGCCUUGAAAGUAAGCGAUGCUUUCACGCACAAGCGUACACAAACAAGGCUAAAGCAUGUGAGUGCUCUGUUACUUUGGCAUUUAUUCUGGAGCUUUGUACCCAAUUGCUUAUUUUUUCCUGAAGUUGUUUGUUUUAGCUUAAAAGUUUGCAAAACAAAGUAGAUCAGAGCAAACAAGCUAAAAAAUAAGGUUUAAGAAAACAGGAACAACCACUGAUGAAAUGGCAGAAGAAACAUCUUUAUAGUUUUUAUUUUACUGGAUCUUUUGUAGUUAGGAGCACCAUAUCUACUGACAUCUAUAAAUGCUUAGUGUACAGUGGACCAAGCAUAGCAAUUGCUGCAGCAGGCAUAGCCUUGCAGCGGGAUCAGGCUGUGGAGGAAAUCUCUGUACUUUGUGUGUCAGGCUGCCUUACGAGGGCAGAGAUGCCUCAGCAUUUUCUAAUGCUCUUUAGUAAUGCUGCCUUUAGAUUUACGUGUGCUUCAACAGGAGGGUUCACAGGCAGAUGGUGGCGUGUGGGUGAUCCAACCGUAACCCUGUUCUGGUGUCUCCACGGAUGAUUUUUGUCCUGGUGCAACCACUUGGUGAUUUCCUUGAUCCCUGCCUGGAGAAAUCUAUUCCAGCUGGUUUCAGAAUAGAUUCAGAAAUCCAUUUAUGUUUUCGGCAGUAAUGCUUAUUAAAAAAAAAAAAAAACAAACUUUUUUUUUUAUAACAUUUACUAGUUUAGGUGGGCUGUUGGAUCUCCUUUUCCUGCAGAAUUCCAGAAGCAAUCUCACUGAACGCGCUCCAGAGUUUCCCCUCACGCAUUUUGAGGAGGGAGGAGCAUUUUCAGACAGGUGCGCGCGAGCUCGCAGGCAGCUUCCUCCAGAACGAUUUAUUGGCAGAAGAAUGUGUAGUUUUCUACAUUUCUUCUAAUGUGUAGUUUUUAAACAGUUAUGGCCGGAGGAGCCAGGAGCGGGCUGGCUCCGAGAGCUGGCAGGCAUUCCCUCAGGUUCCCGCCGCCCUCCGGGGGCCGGGGGAAAUGGCGGCGGCAGUCGCCUCCCCUCCUUCAGCGCCGCCCAGAGGCGGAGCUCGCCCCUCUUCGCGCCAAGCCGGGACAGCCGCUCCCGCCUGGCCAUGGCCGCCUCCGCCGUGCCCGGUUACUCGCCCGGCUUCAAGAAGCCGCCGGCGACUCUGCGGCUGAAGCGAAAACGGCUGCGGAGGAGCGAACCCGCCGCCGCCGCUCCCUUGCCCUGCGGCGCGGCCCCGCCGUCCCUCUCGGCAGCGCCCUUCUGGCAGCUUUUAGAGUCCGUUUGUGAAGAUAAGCCCACCAGGAGAGCAGAGCCCUCUGACAGGACCAACGUCCUCGCCCUGACCGAUGACCUUCAUUUACCUGUUGCUGUACCUGAAGUUCCCUCCUCACCAAGACACGAAUUUCCUGCAGACUGGAGUCUUAAAACACGACUUCUAUUUAUGUCUUCCCAACCUUUUACCUGGGCAGAACACUUAAAAGCACAAGAGGAAGCUCAAGGAUUCGCUCAGCAUUGUAGAGCUACAGAAACAAACUUGCCAGAGCACAUACAGGAACCAAAGCUGUCGACAGAACUGCGUUGUGCCUUCCAGCAAAGCCUGGUCUACUGGCUUCACCCUUCACUGCCGUGGCUGCAGCUCUUCCCUCGGAUUGGAGCAGACAGAAAAAUAGUUGGAAAGGCUACUCCUUGGUCACAGGAUGAAGCCUUGCAACAAGUGCUCAUGAGUGACUGGUCUGUCAGCUUUACUUCUCUGUACAAUCUGCUCAAAGCCAAACUGUGUCCCUACUUCUAUGUAUGUACCUACCAGUUCACCGUCCUGUUCCGUGCAGCUGGUCUUGCAGGAAGUGACGUUAUCACAGCUGUAGUUUCUCCCACAACGAGAGGUUUAAGGGAAGCCAUGAGAAGUGAAGGCAUAGAGUUUUCUUUACCUUUGGUAGAAGAAAGUAGAACCAGGAAACAGAAAAACUCUGAAGUGAAUUCGGAAACUGAAGUUGCCAACAGCCUCAAAGAGGGCAACAGCCUGGAAGAUGGAGAGGAACCAGCUCCAAGCGAUGAUGAUGAUGAAGGUUUCUCUUGGCUUGAGGAGAUGGGAGUCCAAGACAAGGUUAAGAAACCAGAUACUAUUUCUAUUAAACUUCGUAAGGAGAAGCACGAGGUGCAGGUGGAUCACAGGCCCGAAUCCCUGGCAUUAGUGAAAGGAACAAACACGUUCACCUUGCUGAACUUCCUCAUCAACUGCAAGAGCCUCGUGGCUGCUGCAGGUCCACAAGCAGGGCUCCCACCAACUCUGCUGUCCCCUGUUGCUUUCCGAGGUGGAACAAUGCAGACACUCAAAGCCCGAAGUAUAAACGCCAAGGCCAGGGUUCACUCGGCGUACGAGGAUGUCUUCAGUUUGGAGAUCGCGGGCCCCGUCCUGCCCCAUUCCCUGCACGCCCUGACCAUGCUGCUCCAGGCCGCACAGAGGGGAGCCUUCUCCGCCGUGCUCUACACACACGAGCCAACUGCUGUCUUCAACGCUCAUCUCGACGCUGCAAGGCCUGCCCUCAGUGAGGAAACCGUAUGCAAAGAUCUCGCUGCGUGUGGGCUGCAUCCUAAGACCUUGGAUCAACUGAGUCAGCGCCCAACACUGGGAAAAUCUUCCAUCCGCUUCCUGGAAAUGAAGGAUUAUGCUUAUACCUGGAAGUCCUAGGCACGCUCAUCCCAUCUCCUGGAAGAGAAGGCUCUCUGGGGUGCAGUUGCUGCGCUCCUUCAUUUGGGUCGACGUGGGCAGCAGCCACGCGGUGCUGGGAGGGACACAGCCCAGCUGCACCUCACACACAACUAUGGCACAUCACCCACCAUCAAACACUCCGAAGGACUUCUUUUAAAGGGAACGAAUGAAAAGGCCUUGGGCAUCUCCUUUUGUCUUUUAGAAAGCCUUUUUUAAAUAAAACUUAAAAAAACCCCCA